AUGCAUCUCUCAACCACCCUCCUCCCUCUCCUCUCAACCCUCUCACUGGCAGCAACCAUCACGACCAGUCCCAGCCCCACCGCCACCAGCGCUUCAGGUCAAAGCACCUCCACCGGCUCAUCAACAGUAAUCUCCUUCUUCGACGCCAGCUACACCCUCUCCGACUUCCCAGUCCGCACCUCCACCAGCUACGCCGCCAGCGUAAUCUCCCUCAACGCACUCGCAACAACCUACGAGAUAAACUGUCUCGCCGCCGCCCCAACAAGCGACUGCAGCCUCGCCACCCCACUUACUCUUAUCGCGGGCCCCAACACCUUCAGUUUCGCCGAGCCAUUCACCCUCUCCGGUGAGGCAUACGGCGUCACCGUCACCGAGAAGGGCAACUUGGAUAUGGCGUGCUCGUUUACGCACUCGUCCGAGUCCGCGACUUGCACUGUCAAGUAUGAUUUGACGGCUUCCGGCGCCGGCAAGACUACUUCGACUAGUAGCUCAACUAAGACGGGCAUUCCGACGGAUAUGGUGCAGUAUCAGGCGUUGACUGUUACCGGGGGCUUGGAGAGUUUUAAUGCUCCCGGUGCGACGCAGACUCCUACUGGUAAUGUGGCCGGGAAGAUGGCUAUGGUUACUGGUGUGCCGUUGGGUGCGGCUGCCGUUGUCGUUGCGGUUUUGUUGUAG